CGCAGAGCGCCACCCAUCUUCCGUCUUUAAACUCCUGUCUCUGUUCACCUCUGCAUCCUUUAUUCAGCUGCAGCAGCUCGAGUAUCUCAGAGACCGGAACCGUGGGCUUUAUAGGGCCAUGAUCUCACUGGAGCUUAAUUUUAAUUUAUUUACGAGUGACCUUUCACAUUACUUCAAAAACCAAGUCAAAGUCGGGCUCCUCGGCUCUGGGGUGGGACUCUCAGUGGUGCUCGGAUUCAGCGCCGCUUAUGCCUGCUACUACCUGCUCUCUGUGGCCAAGAAGCCCAUACUGAUAUCUGGAGGAAAGAAGUUUCAUCAGUUCCUGAGGGACAAAUGCCCCGUGGUCUCAGAGACAUACUACCCCACGUUCUGGUGCUGGGAGAGCCGGGUGCAAACGCUGCUCAGACCCUUCGUGACCGCCAAGCCCUGGGUCAACUACAGAAAUGAGCUCAUUACAGCACCAGAUGGAGGCCAGAUCUCUCUGGAUUGGUUUGACAAUGAUGACAGCGCGUCCCACCCGGACCAGUCCACGCGCCCCACUGUGCUGCUGCUCCCGGGACUGACGGGCACAAGUCGCGAAUCCUACAUUCUGCAUAUGGUACAGCAAAGCCGGGAUCUGGGCUACAGAUGUGUGGUGUUCAAUAACAGAGGAGUAUCGGGUGAAAAGCUACUGACGCCUAGGACGUACUGCGCAGCGAACACAGAGGAUCUGGAGGUGGUCAUCGAACAUGUCCAGAAGACCAUUGACAAAGCUCCGCUCAUGGCGGCUGGGGUUUCAAUGGGCGGGAUGAUGCUGGCGAACUAUCUGGGUCGGAAGGGCUCGGAGGUGCGUCUGAAGGGAGUGGUGGUUUUCUCGGCAGGCUGGGAUGUGUUUGAGUGCACGGCUUCACUGGAGAAGCCCCUGGACCGCUUCCUCUUCAACUCCUACCUCACCAGCUGCCUGCAGGCAUCCGUGGACCGUCACCGAACCAUUCUUGAAAAACAGUAUGACAUAGACCACGUGAUGAAGGCUAAAACAAUCCGAGAGUUUGAUGAACGUUUCACAUCCAUCAUGUUCGGUUAUCCAUCCAAUGACGACUACUAUCUAGACGCGAGCCCCAUUCACAAGAUCAAGUCUGUGCAGGUGCCAAUGCUGUGCCUCAAUGCAGCGGACGAUGUCUUUUCCCCCAAUCAUGCCUUUCCGGUGGAGGCGGUGAAGCAGAACCCCAAUGUGGCGCUGCUCAUCACCUGUCACGGCGGCCAUAUUGGCUUCCUGGAGGGUCUGUGGCCACGGCAGAGCACCUACAUGGACCGGGUCUUUCACCAGUUCACCAGUGCCGUGUUUGAGAAUGGCAGCGGUCUGGAUGAUCUCCACUGACCUUCUCUUUCCAUUCCCUCUACAGCCAUGAGCAAAAAAAAUCUGUAUACAUUUCCAAAAUGAAGUGCACAGGUUCACUUGAGGGCCAGGAUUUAAUAUUAUUAUUAUUUAUUUCUUUAUUUUAGUAGUUUUAAGCACAUUUGCAUUCAUGGAACUGAAAUUCUUCCUAGAAAUUCUUGCAUGUUCCAUCCGUCCAUCCACUGAUGCGCUUAUUUGUUUCUUAAUUGCAUGUCUGCGUAUGACUCGCUUAAUUAAGUAUUUCUAAAAGUGAUUUAAGGAAGCAUCCACCUGGACCAUUGAAUCACUCAUCAGGUGAUGUUACUCAACAUGAAUCCACACGACGAUGAGAUUGUCCUGAAAAACAAAAAAAACAACAAGCCUUGUAACCUAUUGGUACAAUAUCACAAAGAAAUGUCAAGGUUCACCACUAAAUCAAAAUCAGCAUUAGUUUCAUUGUGCUUCAACGGGUAUAUAAAUAUUUUAGGCCAUUUUGGUUUAAAGACAGUGAACAUCCACACAAGGCUACUAAAAAAAAUAGAUGACAGUUGGCUUAAAUGUUGUGUUCCAGUCAUUUUGACCUGGAUUCUUUUUCCCCGAAAUGUUAUUUAAUGUUAUCACAUUGGACUAAAACUAAAGCUUGCCGACUUCGUUCACACAGGAUAUAAUAACUUCCUUAAAUAUUUUGAGAAUUGUUAUGCUUUUUGGGCUCCAAAAAUAAAUACCAAACCUGUGCUAAUUGAAAGCUGUCAAGCUGACAAAAAGAUUAAUUC